AUGGCCAUCCCACCGGCUAGCGCUGUCAAUGGACACGCGGAUUCACCAUCAUCCUCCCCUCAAAACUCAGAGAAAUCUUCGCAACCGAAACCACAACCCAAUUCCCCGUCCACCGACCCAGAUAUCUUCAACGCCAGCUCUGUCGCCGAAAUCAAAGCCACUCUAUCCCACCUACACAACCAAGAAGUCAGCGUGACAGCUCGUCUGGAUGCCCUCGUCGCAUCUCAGAAAGACUUCUCCCGCGAACUCUCCCGUCUGGACCUGCUCCGCGCCAAUCUCGGCUCCCAAACAACAACUACCCGCUCCAUCCGCCAUGGCAUGCUCUCCCCCGCGGCCGUCACGGCGGACCGGAUUUCGAGUGCCGUUCGGAGACUGGAUUUGGAACAAGCUCGUGUGAAGGCAACCUUGGAGGUUGUCGAGCAAGUCGCUGAACUGAAGGCUUGUGUGCUUGGUGUCUCUGGGUCAAUGGGUGCGCCGCAGGAUUGGGAGACUGCUGCUAGUUACUUGCAUCGGGCGGCGCAAAUUCCCGAUGAGGUGGUGAAAGGCGCGUUUGCAGGAGAGAUGGUGCCGACUUCUGAAGUGCCGGAUCCGCCAAAUGUUACGUUGGAUACAGCCGCAGAGUCGCUGUGCGGAUUGUUUUUGAGGGAGUUCGACAAGGCAGUUAAGGAGGGGAAUGGAGCGAAGAUUACGAGGUUCUUUAAGCUGUUCCCGCUUAUUGGGAGAUCCGAGGUUGGGCUGGAUGUUUAUGGGCGGUAUGUGUGUCAGGGUGUGGCUGCGCGAGCUCGCGCAAAUUUGAAUGCUGGCACCGGGGGUAGAGAGGGUUUCUUCUACGCGAAUGCGUUGACCAAGUUGUUCGAGCAUAUUGCGCAGAUUGUCGAUGGCCAUGGUGGAUUGGUGGAACGACACUACGGACCUAGGAAGAUGAACCGCGUUAUUGAGCGGCUGCAGCUCGAGGCGGAUGUCCAGGGAGGAAUUGUUCUUGAUACCUGGGGCGAUGAACGACAUGUGGAUCGUAAGUUGACGGAUAUCAAAUCCUAUGCAUUUACCUUCUUGGUGCAAAGCUUCCUGCCUACUCAACGGCCGGGUGCACCACGAUCCCAUUCGCCAGCGCGCGCGGCUACAGGGGGUGAAGAUGAAGGCGUGGACAUGAAGGAAAUCGACGGCCUCUUGAGCGAGAUUGGAAUCAUGUUAGGACGCUGGUCACUCUACUGCCGCUUCCUAGCAGACGCAUGCAACCCCGAGAACGAAAAGCACACCCUCCCUCAAUUCCUCGCCGAUUCCCCCCUCACCAAGAAAAUCACCACCCGUCUCGCAACCCCCUUUAACACAAUGACAACCUUUUUCGUCCGCCGCUCCGUCGAAAAAGCCUUCCAGCUCGACGAGUCCCCAACAGGCCUCACCCUCAACUUGCACAAACCCCUCAAAUCCGACCCUCCCCACAUCACCUCCGCCGUGGACGACAUCAUGUACAUCGUCAACAAAGUCAUCCAACAAACCCUAGCAACCUCGCAAAUCACCGUCGUCACCAACGUCAUCCCAACCCUCGCCCGCGUCCUCGGCUCUGACUUUAUCGGCAUGACACAGCGCAAAAUGCGCGAUGAAUGCUACCCCCGCCCCGUCGUCCAGGGCGCCCUACCUCCAGAACAAACAGUAAUCGCCUUCCUUGUGCUAAUCAACAACCUCGACAUCGCAGUCGACUACAUCCAUCGCAUCGUGUCCAACAACACCGAAGCACGAACACCCCUCCCAUCAACCCACCCAAACCCAACCCAACCAGAAGAAACAAUCAGCCAACUAGACUCUCUCUUCCCUGUCCCCAGUGAAGCAAAACAAGCAUCCCAAGCCCUCCAUUCCCUAUCUUCGUCUUUUGAAUCAAAAGUCUCCGACCUCCUAAGCGACGGCAUCCAAGUCAUCUUCAACAACGUAAUCAAGCCGCGUCUACGCCCAAUUCUCGCAGACGCAUUCCGCGACAUCGAAUACCAGCCUUCCCCCGAUGACCCCUCCACCACCAACCCUAUCCCUACCGACGACGUCGAAGACGACGACAUGCACACGGGACCAAACCCAGGCGCAGAACGCCCAACAACCCGCUUCACUACGUCCUGGACGGCCCUCCUCACACCCUUGUCUAGGAUCCUAACACCGCCGUCUUUCGACAAGUUACUUUCCGUGACAACGACGUAUCUCUCGCGACUGCUCGAGAAGAGAUUAUGGUCGUACCACGGCCGUGUCAACGCGCUCGGCGCGACAAGACUCGAACGCGACGUCUCUGGGAUUGUCAAUGCAGCCGUUGAUGUUGCUGGUAGUAGUAUUGGCGGAGGACGGUAUAAGCACCGGGAGGCGUUUGGGAGAUGUCUGCAGAUGGUGCUUGUGAUGGGGAUGGAUGAGGAGGAAUGGGAGGAUGUGGUUCGGGGCGGGGAAACGGGGGAUGUUGUUGAUCGGUUGAGUGUUGAGGAGAGAGGGAGGGUUCGGGGGAUGGUCAGACGGUUUUAG